AUGAAUACUGAACAGCCAGAAGUCACAGAGAUAGACUGGAGGCACAAGAUAAACAAGUACAAGAACAUUUUUAAAAAAUCAACAGAUAAUUUUAAUAUGCUCAAAGAGAAGCACCUAGUAGAAUAUCUUGGAAAAGACAAUAAAAUAGCGGCUUUUGUAGGAGCUGAGCCACAACUAAUAUUUAACCAGGAAUGCGACACGUUAGAUUAUGGUAUACAAGAGAAAUUAAAGUCGCAACAGUACAAAACUAAUAUCCAAAAAAGAAAAAGAAGUGCAAGCCCAAUAGAAAAGAAAAGGGAAAUCAAGAAAACCUGCAAAAAAGAAGAAGAUAUAGUCAAAGUAUUCAACACAUCUAAAGUACACAAUAUAGAAUUAUGGCCUGUUAAAUCUACUAAU